AUGGCUGCCGACUACUACAGAGACCACCCGUACCACAGGGGUUCGUCAAGACACCACGAUAGCCCUCGCGCGGGGCAAGUUCCGUACGGUGAGGCCACUCGCCACGGCUAUGCUCCCGACUACUAUCCACCAGAGGGCGAAAGCCGCCGAUACAGGCGAUCUCAUUCAGCUGGAGGGGACAGACAUCGUGAAAGAGAUAGAUAUGAUGAUGAAUACGACUCAUCCCGAGAUGGAGAGCCACGUCGCCGCAAGCAUCGCCAUAAACGUUCAUCGCGCCAUGCACACUCACUAUCAGUACCAUCUAGGUCUCCUAGUCCCCUUCGCCCACGGAAAUCGAUUGGUGAACAGGCUCUAGAAGCUCUUGGUUUCACUGGAGCGGCCGAUGAGGCUCGCAAACAUGGCGACCGUGGCCAACGUCGCCGUUACGAAUAUGAUGACGACUACAGGGACCGAAGGGAUUCUGAUCGCCAUCGUUACGACUAUGAUGACCGCCGUCGAGACUCACGUCAUGGUAAACAUCGCCACAGAAGCACCUCAUCCGACUCCCGUCUACGUACCACUAAAGACGAUCCAAAUAAGAGUCUACAAAAUACUAUUACUGCUGCCUUAACAGCAGGAGUUCUGGAAGCAUACCGUGUCCGUAAUGAACCGGGCGACUGGACUGGAGAAAAAGGGAAGAGGGUCCUAGCUGCCGUCGCCAGUGCUGGCGGUACUGAAAAGAUCCUUGACCACGGAGGCUCUGGAAAAUCUAGCAAGAAACAUAUAUUGGAGUCUACUUUGGCCGGUCUUGCUACAGGCCAUCUAGCGGGCAAUUCGGACUCAAAACGCCGUUCGCACUCGGAGAGCCGUGGAAAAGUAAGCACUGGAGCUACUGCGGCACUACUUGCUGCUGCAGGGAAAAAAGCAUACGAGCACUAUCAAUCCAGCAAAUCUCGCGAUUCUGGAAAGUAUGAUUACUCUAGUGAAGAUGAUAGGCCUAGCAGGCCUGGGCGGCCGAAUAAGAAGCGAAGCAAGAGCGUGUCAGACUACGUUGCCCAAGGGAUUGCUACUCUUGGAUUAAACGGUGACCGGGAUCGAGACAGUGGUCGUGAUAGCGGCUAUAAGCGUGAGCAUCGGCGGCACCGAAGUCGAUAUACUAGCCCGUCCGAUGACGGUAUUGUCCCAGUCAAAUUGCACUAUAAGACGUUAAGUGAUCAACGUGUUGGUUCGUAUUUUAUGACUAUCAUGCCCUUGAUGCUCUAA